CUCUCUCUCUCUCUCUCUCUCUCUCUCCUUAUGAAGGAGUUUAUUAAGGAGGACACUCCACACAAGGAAGCUGAGGGUUGGAAGAAAGAAAGAAAGAGGGAGAGGAGAGAAAGCUGAUUGUUUCGAAAAGCUGAUGAGAGUUGAAAAGAUAAAAUAAAAUAAAGAAGGAAAGCUGAUAGAUAGCAUGAGGUAACCGAAAGAAAAGAAAAGAAAGAAAGAGCUUUUUUUUUUUUUUUUUUUUUUUUUCUUCCUCCUUCUCAUGUCCCUUGUAGCCUUUGUAGCUUCAUCUCUCUCUCUCUCCCUCCCCACCUCUUCCCCAAUACAUCACCACCCUCUUAUUACUAUUACUUUUAAUCAUAUAUAUUAAACUUCAAUUAGAGAGAGAGAGAGAGAGAUCACUUUGCAUCUUAGUUAGCUUAUAUUACAGAAGAUUUUCACGCAGGAGAGAUCAGAGCUUCUAAUUCCCUAUGUUACCCAAUAACUCUUCUUCCUUGGUCCCUUCUUCUGAUCCUUUUUCUUGCUUAGAAAAUGGCAACACCAAUAAAAGAAAGAGAAGACCUGCAGGCACUCCAGAUCCAGAUGCGGAGGUGGUGUCACUUUCGCCGAAAACCUUACUGGAAUCGGAUCGUUACAUUUGCGAGAUCUGCAACCAAGGGUUUCAGAGAGACCAGAACCUACAGAUGCACCGGCGGCGGCACAAGGUGCCAUGGAAGCUGCUGAAGCGAGAGACUCCGGUCGUGAAGAAGCGGGUGUUCGUGUGCCCGGAACCAAGCUGCCUGCACCAUGAUCCCUGCCACGCCCUCGGCGAUCUCGUCGGCAUCAAAAAGCAUUUCAGGAGAAAGCACAGCAACCACAAACAGUGGGUUUGUGAUAAGUGCUCAAAAGGGUAUGCAGUUCAAUCAGAUUACAAGGCACAUCUCAAAACCUGCGGCACCAGAGGACAUUCUUGCGACUGCGGCCGUGUUUUCUCUAGGGUUGAGAGUUUCAUAGAGCACCAAGACGCUUGUAACAUGGAUCGUGUGCGGCCGGAAUCACAAACGCUGCAACCGGCAGCAUGCCUGUCACGAACGGCUUCAAGUCCUAGUCCAUCCUGCAGUGACAACAAUUUCAGCAGGGCUCCAUCCACUUGGCCUCCAUCUAAUAAUUUGGUACUACCACAUCCAAGUCCAACUGAGUACACCAAAUUAAUCUUAAUAAACCCUCCUGAUCACGCUGAUCAUCAUCAAGCUACAUUGUCCAAGAAGAAUAGUAGUAAUGCACAUUACAAUUUGGAUCUUCAGCUCGCAACCACGUCGAAUAUUAAUAUUCCUAUCAAUGAAGUAUCUGUUUCGUCUAAGAGAGAAGAAAACCAUUCCACUCAGCUGCAGCUCUCAAUUGGUUCAUGUGAAUUUGGCGGGGGUGAUCGUAGUCAUCAGAACAAAACUAUUGAACAACAUUCGAACAUUAUGAUCGCGAAUCGAAAUUACUCCCCGAGGAGGAACGAGGUGAAGGAAAGGGAAAGGGAAAGCAGCAGUACUACUACUAAUCAUCACGAGCAUGAUGACGAUGGUCAGAAACCUAAACCUGCCACCGUGGCUGCUGGGAUAUUGAGGCUGAAAGAAGAAGCGCGAGAGCAGUUAAGGCUUGCGAUGGCGGAAAAGGCUUACGCCGAAGAGGCGAGGCAGCAAGCGGAGAGCCACAUCAAACUGGCGGAGAAGGAGUUUGCAAAUGCCAAGAGAAUAAGGCAACAAGCACAGGCCGAGUUAGACAAGGCUCACGCUUUGAAAGAGCAAGCGGUCAAGAAAGUGAACUCUACCAUUCUCCAAAUCACUUGCCAUGCCUGCAAGAAACAGUUUAUGCAAGGUGCGCAUGAAGCAACAACCAAUCAACAUUCUCUGGUUUUGAGUUACAUGUCAUCGGCUAUAACGUCAGAAGGUGAUCAUCGAUUAGAGAAGGAUAUCAGUACUCGAACCCAUCAUGCAAAAUCUGCUAGCGCCUAAGUAGUUUCCUAUUUUCCAUCCUCCAUCUCUAUGUUUUAACCUUUUUUAUUUUUUGUUUUUAUUUUUUAUGGUUUUGUUCUCUAUUUCCUUUUGAGGUUCUAUCAUAUUACAAGCUUGUAAUUAGGUAAUAUAAUUAAGGUUUAUGAGUAGACGAGUGUUGCACUGAUCGUGCAAUUUGUGUGGAGUUAUUUGUUCAUUAAUUAUUUGAUAAAUGAAGAUCACUAUCGAUCAUACAAA